AUGACAGUAACGACAGUCCCUUCAACGCAUCCAAUUGCACAGCGAAAUCCGCUAUCACAGACGAACAACGCACAAGUACACAUAUUCAGCGAUCAGUAUUAUAUUCCAAAGUCCUCACGCGAAGAUGAACCACUCUUUGUCCUCACGCUCUUGACAGACAAACGCCACCAACAAGCCAUGACGGCACUGCGACGACAGUGGUUUCCACCAGAUCUCCUCAAAGUGGACGCUCACGUUACAUUAUUUCAUGCUCUUCCAGGCUCUAGGCUAGCUCAGGUGAAGCAAGACAUUGCAGAUGUCGCAGCGCGUACACAAAAGUUCAAAAUCGCAGUUGCUGUCAAGGGCGUUUUCAAUAUGGGCAAGGGAGUCGGCAUCAAAUGCUCCAACACAGGCGCCUUUAUAAGCAAAGCAUAUAGUAUACGGGGCGAGCUCAGAGAUAAAUGGGAGCCUUUUCUCAGUAAACAGGAUAAGCACAAGAAGUGGGGAGGUCAUUACACAAUCAUGAACAAGCAGGAUGAUAAAGAGGAGGUGCAGAAGUGUUUGGCUUAUCUGAGAGAGGGACAUGCGAACAGCAAGGGGACUGUGGAGGGAUUGACUCUUUGGCAAUAUGAUAGAGGCUGGUGGAAGGAGGAUGAGGUGUUUGAGUUUACUAGAUAG